ACAAAUCGUCACUCUCCCGCACGUCUCAAGUAACUCAUCAGCCUCCGCAAGAACUCUGUCAACGAUUACCGCAACGACCGCCGCCUCCGCCGCGACAACGGAUAAGCCAUCGGAAUCCGCAACCAUUGAGUCCGAUCACAAAAGGAAGGAGCCUGGUGAUCAGGCCGCUGCCGGAGAUCAUCGAAGUAAACACAACCACAAGAAGUCGAGAAUGUCGUCGUCUUCUUCUUCUGAUAAAGUUAGGGCUUCACAYAUAUUGAUAAAGCAUCAAGGAUCUCGGCGUAAGGCUUCGUGGAAGGAUCCAGAAGGUCACAUCAUCAGCAACACCACCAGAGACACCGCUGUCUCUCAGCUCAAGACUCUCCGCGAGGACAUAGUUUCAGGGAAGUCGAAGUUCGAGGAUGUUGCAUCUCGUUACUCCGAUUGUAGCUCUGCUAAACGCGGUGGAGAUCUCGGUUCGUUUAGAAGGAAGCAGAUGCAGAAGCCGUUUGAGGAUGCAACAUACGCACUGAAAGUGGGCGAGAUAAGCGAGAUUGUGGAUACUGAUAGUGGAGUGCACAUCAUCAAGAGAACUGGUUAACCAUGCAUUCUAUGUGGUAAAGGACUGUUGCUAUUUUUCCAUGAUGAAUUCUGUUGUAACUUGAGUUGGGGGAUUCUAUUCCUAUUGUUCAUGGUUUUGUCUAGCCAAUCAAUAACAUACAUUUGUGAGUCUUAAUCCCACGAAAUUGAUUCACCAA